CCAUCCUGCCCGAACAUUUUCCUACGGAAGCGGAGCGCUGGGGAAAAGUCUAGUGGGGAUGAGCAAGGUUACUACCUAGCAAUAUCCUACGGAUACACAUGGAGCCUCCAUCAUCUCUGCAAGUUUGCGUUUAUCACCAAGUCUAAACUCGUUCAUUAGAGUCUCCAGCAAAUAGUGAACCUAUAUAUUUCCUUCUUUCGGGUCUGUUUAUGUUUCUUUCUAUGCAUUAUAUUUCCUGAAAGGCAUGAACGUGGACAUUUGAUUAGGUGCAGCCGGAUUCCUUUUUUUUCGUGGAACAGUCUCCUUUCUGCGCUCUGCACAUAGAGUAUCACCAUGGACGUUUUGGCGAAUCACGGUAUUUUUCAGGAACUCCAGCUCGUGCAUGACACCGGCUACUUCUCUGCGAUGCCUUCGCUGGAGGAGAACUGGCAGCAGACAUGCCUGGAGUUGGAGCGUUAUCUACAGACGGAGCCCAAGAGGCUGUCGGACCUCUUUGACGAGGAGCUUGACUGCCUGCUCACCCCGGCCUACCUGAAGGAGGACAGUGAAGAAGAACUACUAGACCCCCUCCUCCCCAGCCUCCCGGACCCCCCCAGCCCUCCUCUACCGCCCCUGCUCUGCCCCUCUCGGAAGCACCUCUCUGGGGCCUUGAAGUCUGCCAAACUUCGAGACGGGAUGGGGUUAGGGUCUGGAGGGGGAGGGGUACACCCAGCCCAGUUGAGAGCCGUCACCUCCCUGACGCCACCCUCGUCCCCGGAGCUGGGACGCCACCUGGUCAAGCCCGACCCCCACCAGACUCUGACGGCAUCCGCAGACGGCACGCUCACUCUCAAACUGGUGGCGAGGAAGGUGGGGCUGAGCACCGCCAUGCUGGCAGCGACAGACGCGCCACCGCUGCCCACAAGGCGUGACACCACAGGCGGGCACAGCGACGGCGAGCAGGGGGGCACGUGUGUGAUGGACGUGGGGGGUAUCUCUGAGAACAAGAAGAGGGUCCACCGCUGCCAGUUUAACGGCUGCAGGAAGGUCUACACCAAGAGCUCCCAUCUCAAGGCCCACCAGAGGACACACACAGGUGAGAAGCCCUACAAGUGCUCAUGGGAGGGCUGUGAGUGGCGGUUCGCCCGGAGCGAUGAGCUGACGAGACACUACCGCAAACACACGGGUGCAAAGCCUUUUAAGUGUGACCACUGUGACAGGUGUUUCUCACGGUCGGACCAUUUGGCGCUACACAUGAAAAGGCAUAUCUGAGGAGGUGGAGGGAGAAGAGAGGGAGAGGAGGAGAGCGAGAAGAGGAGAGGUGAAGAUGGAGGUGAACGUCACGCCUGUCUCUGUUGUGUUGAAAAGGGUACUGAGAGAGAGAGUUCAAUCAAAAUCUUGGUUGCAUCAGAUCAAGGAUCGGAUCAGUCUUGGGAGAGAAAGACAAACAGACAGGGUCUGUGGGGCUGCAUUGGGCACGUAAUCAUGGUGUUUGUGUACAGACAGAUAAACAGACAGUCUGGUCUAAUGUUGUUCCCAAAGCAGCUCUGCCUCACCCGAGUCCUGGAAAUCUGAUACUGCCAGAUUGGGAUUCUGCCUGGAGACAGUAACACAAUACCGGCUCACGCUUGUGUCGUAUAAAGAGUAAAAGAGUUGUCGUCCCAUUUUCUGUUGCUCUUUCAAAGGUUAUCUUAGUGUUUGGACAACUGCAAACAACCACAGGACAUGGCUACUUUGCAAAGCCAACUCCUCUUGUAAGGAGUCAAAGGUCAACCGGAAGACAUUGACCCAGUCCCUGGUCAGACAACUGAUGACCACAUUGAACUAUAAUAUUCAUACUCCUAUUCUCCAGAUGCACUCCUCUCUGUCUCCUCUCUGUCUCCUCUCUGCCUCCUCUGUCUCCUUUCUGUCUCCUUUCUGUCUCCUCUCUGCCUCCUCUCUGUCUCCUCUCUGCCUCUGCCUCCUCUCUGCCUCCUCUCUGCCUCCUCUCUGCCUCCUCUCUGUCUCUUCUCUGCCUCUUCUCUGUCUCCUCUCUGCCUCCUCUCUGCCUCCUCUCUGUCUCUUCUCUGCCUCCUCUCUGUCUCCUCUCUGUCUCCUCUCUGUCUCCUCUCUGUCUCCUCUCUGCCUCCUCUCUGCCUCCUCUCUGCCUCCUCUCUGCCUUCUCUCUGUCUCUUCUCUGCCUCUUCUCUGCCUCCUCUCUGCCUCCUCUCUGUCUCUUCUCUGUCUCUUCUCUGCCUCCUCUCUGCCUCCUUUCUGUCUCCUUUCUGCCUCCUCUCUGCCUCCUCUCUGUCUCCUCUCUGUCUCCUCUCUGCCUCCUCUCUGUCUCCUCUCUGCCUCCUCUCUGCCACACCUCUGUCUCCUCUCUGAGUUCCCCUCCACAGCUGCGCAGCGACACUUUUGAAACUUUUGUAAAAAAUGUAAUUUGUAAACCCUUCGGUCUUGAACUGGAAAGUCUUGAAACUCACCAAACGUUGGCUUGGACACAUACUGUUCUAGUGUGGACUGCCAUAUGCACACGCAAAAGACAAGUAGCAAAACAGCUACCGAAGCACAGACUGCAAAGGAUAUCGUAAAUGAUGUGUACAGGUUACUUAAUUUAUUUUCUAAAAUCUCUUCCCUUUCCCUAUAUGUUUUGCUGAGAACAGUUCAUUUCGGAGCGCACAGAUCCUGAACAUCAAAGUACCAAGCCUAUGAACUCUUCAACAUGCUUGAAAUGACACAUUGGUCUAUGAGAGUACUUGGCCAACACCCCUACAGAACUACGGAGGGCAACUACCAGACAAAAGACAGAGUCAAAAGCAUACAGACAGAGACUUUGUCGGGCCCUCACAUUUCUAACAGAAUUCUGCUCAUGUCUACAGUUAAUUUCAAUAGGCCGAGAUGCUUCUACUCAAGGUGGGCUGUGGGAAAUGUAUUUUAUGUGGAGGGAGGAUUCUUCUUCUUACGGUUAAAGGUUUUUUGGAGGGUGAGUGAGUUAUUGUGAUUGUACUGUUGUCUGUGUGCAUGGCAUUAGCACCCAGAAAGGUCCGUGGGAUUGUUGUGCAGUCAUAUCGGUGGUACUGGUAAGCACAAGCCAGGCAGUGGGAUUCACUUUCAUUUGUCUUCUCUUCAUUAUUAUCAUCACCGUCAUCUUUCCUCACCCUGAACUGUGUAAGAAUUGGAAGGUGCAGAAACGCACACAUCACUUGGCGAGAAGACAGACAAACAUUAGCUCGCUGUUGACAUUUCUUUGCUAGCCCCUUGCCAAUUGCCAUAUAGACAUCUGCUCCGUUAGCUGUUAGCAUCAUCCAGCGCUAGCCCUUCAGAGCUGCCCACUGAAUUGGCUGACAUUGGCCAAUGGGAGGGCACGUUGACAGCAGGGUCAUCGAGGUAAUGGGGAGUGAAUUCUGCUCCCUUAUUAGUGCCGGUCAGCCCUCUAACGGGACUCAAUGGAGUGAGACUUCCCAACUUCUCUCUCUCUCUCCUCUCCUCUCCUCUCCUCUCCUCUCCUCCUUUCUCCAUGGAGUGAGACUUCCCAACUACUCUAGUUUGCCAGAAAGUGUCAGCCUCCUGUCCUGCUACUCGCAAACUCCAGGGUCAUGUUCAGUAGGGAGGAAAUGAAUGUGUGAAACAAGCUACCGCAUGGACGUUUUAAAACCUUUUGCUACAGUGGUCCUGGAUGAACACAACCCAGACCUCCAGGCCCAUCUAGAUUAACUGUGCACAAACACACGCAGGGAGGUUGAAUGCAUUGCACACGACAUCUCAAUGAUUUGUAUAAACUACUAGGAAGACACCAAAAGAGGAACCUGGUAAUAAUGUUCUGUGUAUAUCAAACCUUUACCACACUCUCCCUUGAGGCCUACUGUCCAAUAUCCAUGUGUCUGAUUGGUUCCAAUAAACCAGCAUGAAAGACCAAAAAAUGCACAGACAACGGUGGUUGAUCAGAAUCAAAACCCGUUUUAUUGUAGGAAACACAGCAAGAAACAAGCAACAAAGGUUUUAGAGUAGUUGGGACUGUGAUUGUUUCCUCCAUUGGCAGCUCGCUGUGUUCAGACCUUUCAGUAUUCCAGGGUGAAACCGUCAAGACAACAACUUAACUAAAUGGGCUCAUGUAAGUUUUCUCUGUAAAUGCUAGCUACCAGUUGAUUACUGAGAUGUUGUGAUAUAAUCUUUUUACAUUUUUUAUCGUACAACAAGAUUCACUGUGUACUUGAACAGAGUUCACUUUUGGGGAGGCUUAUCCAAAGCAGAGUCAAAAUGAAGCUUCAUUCUGGCCUGCCGAGUGGCGCUGCAAGAGGUGUUACUACAGACCCGGGUUCGUUCCCAGGCUGUGCCACAUCUGGCUGUGCCCGGGAGUCUCAUAGGACAGUGCACAAUUGGCUCAGCAUCGCCCGGUUUAGGGGAGGGUUUGGUUUAGGGGAGCUUUACUUGGCUCAUCGUGCUCUGACGGGCCAGAUGCCUGCAGGCUGACCCUGGUCACCAGUUGAAUGGUGUUUCCUCCGACACAUUGUUGCGGAUGUUAAGGAGCGCGGUUAGGCGGGUCAUGUUUCGGAGGACACAUGACUCCACCAUUGCCUCCCGAGCCUGUUGGGAAGAUGCAGCGAUGAGAUAAUAUCAAAAUUGUAGAGAAAAAAGGGAGGUAAAAUUUGAAAAAUAAUGAAUCACCUCAUAUUCAGUCGGUAUAAUUCAGCACUACAAUUUGUUACAACAUUUAAAAGUGACAGAAAGACAGGCAUUUGGAUUGUCUUACAGUUGUGGGUAGAUAUACACUGCAUCUUGAUGUACUGUAUGACAGGUGUUUGCUGUGCACUCGGUCCUCAUCUUCAAGCCCGCUCCCAUUUCAGCUGUCUGACCACCACAUGAACUUUGGAUGUUACGUCCCAAAUUCGUCUCCCUGAAACAUCAUUAUGCACACACCAGUGUUGAUGUAUUUCCUGUUUCCAGUUUCCUGUCAGAGACGCAUCAUGUUUCCUGUUUGUGAUCAGAGACACAUCAGUAAGUUAGUAAAAACAUUCAAAGAACUACUGAAACAGAGAACAUUUCACAUUUACUUUGUGUCUGCAGUCGACACGUCAUUUUUACUUGUCUUUGUGCAUCAGAACUUGGUUAUACAACAAUGGCUUUCACUGCUUUGUGUGGGAGUAAAUCACUGCUUUGUGUGGGAGUAAAUCACUGCUUUGUGUGGGAGUAAAUCACUGCUUAGUGUGGGAGUAAAUCACUGCUUAGUGUGGGAGUAAAUCACUGCUUUGUGUGGGAGUAAAUCACUGCUUUGUGUGGGAGUAAAUGACUGCUUAGUGUGGGAGUAAAUGACUGCUUACUGUGGGAGUAUAUCACUGCUUUGUGUGGGAGUAUAUCACUGCUUUGUGUGGGAGUAAAUCACUGCUUUGUGUGGGAGUAAAUGACUGCUUAGUGUGGGAGUAAAUGACUGCUUAGUGUGGGAGUAAAUCACUGCUUAGUGUGGGAGUAAAUCACUGCUUAGUGUGGGAGUAAAUGACUGCUUAGUGUGGGAGUAAAUGACUGCUUAGUGUGGGAGUAAAUGACUGCUUAGUGUGGGAGUAAAUGACUGCUUAGUGUGGGAGUAAAUGAAAAUGUAUUGUACACCAUCCUUAGUGAAACAGCACUUCAAAAAACGUUCCCUUUUUCUACCAGCGCCCCCCUCCCAUAUUACCAACUCUACUCUCUUUCUCAUUCCUUUUCUUUGCUGUACAAAGUGUUUGCAAAAUUAUUAUUUGUAUGAUGUUAGUAUGACAAUGUUCUUUAUUAUGGAAAAAGGAAAGAUUUAUUUUUGUUACUGGUUUGUUUCAUAAUUCUUUUUUAAAUUGGUAUUGUAAUAUCUCUAUGCAAGAACUGUUGAGUGAAUCAUUUGUAUUUAAGAAUGUAAUAUGUGUAAUAAAUAGUAGAAUCACA